AUGGGUCGGAAACGUGCGGCCGGCGGGGCGCGAGGGCGACGCGAACAGCACGCACGGAAAGCCAAAGACCAGCAGCCGGAGCGGCUUGAGAAGGAGGAUGCGGAUGUUUUUGAGGAUGAGAAACCCCCAAAGAAGGCGCUUCCCAAAGCUUCCCAAAGAAAGAAGAGAGGCCGAAGUGAUCCUGGAGAACCCGCUGAUGAUGGACCAGCAAAGAAAAAAGUGGCCAAGUCAACUUUUAAAUCCAAACACCUCAAAGUUAUAAAGAAUGAAGCCCUCAGUGAUGGGGAGGAUUUCAGGAAUUUCCCAGGUGCCCUCAAAAAGGCACAGCAUCUGAAGAGAGAGGCUACUGUUGACAAAGAGAGCAGUGAGGGAGAAGGAGAUGAGAGUGAAGAUGAUUGGGAAGAGGUGGAAGAGCUUAGUGAACCUGUGCCAGGUGACAUGGGAGAAAAUGCAAUCUUCUCUAAAUCUGUUCUGCCUGUGAAUCCUGUGGAGAUAGAGAUUGAAACCCCGGAGCAGGCUAAAACCAGAGAAAGAAGUGAAAAGAUAAGAAUGGAGUUUGAGACAUAUCUUCAGAGGAUGAUCAAACGCUUCAGUAAAGAAGUUCAUGAGGAUACGCACAAGGUUCACCUUCUUUGCUUACUAGCAAAUGGCUUCUACCGAAAUCGCAUCUGCAGCCAGCCAGAUCUGCGUGCUAUUGGCCUCUCCAUCAUCCCAAGUCACUUUACCAAAGUGCCACUUAAAAACAUGAAUGUUCGCUUCCUCUCAAACCUGGUGAAAUGGUUCAUCGGAACAUUUACAGUUAAUGCAGAGCUUUCAACCAAUGAGCAAGAUAGUCUGCAGACUACACUGGAAAAGAGAUUUGCUAUUUACUCUGCACGAGAUGAUGAAGAAUUGGUCCAUAUAUUUUUACUGGUUCUCCGAGCCUUGCAUCUACUCACCCGACUGGUGUUGUCUCUACAACCAAUUCCUCUGAAGUUACCAGCAGCAAAGACAAAGAAACCUUCCAAGGAGAGAUCCACCGAGGGUCCUGGAUGCUCUUCCAAGACUCCCAGCCGUGUUCCUAAAAACCAAACCAAACCAAAGGCCAGCCAAGGAAUUAAACAAGAAGAAACCACUUCUCAGGACACUGGCAGUCCAGGUGCCACAGGAAAGAAGGGCAAGGCAGCUACAGGUAGUAAGAAACAGAGAAAGGGAUGGGAGCAGGAGGAGACGCAGCAGUGGCGGCGUGGCCGGCGGCGGCGUGUGGUGUCACGGGUAUCUUACAAAGAGGAGAGUGGCAGUGAUACGGCCAGCAGUAGCUCUGACUUUGAAAUCUCUGAUGGGGAAGCUCAGUCUCUAUCUGAUGAAGAUUCUGACACUGGCCUUCUGAAACAGAAACGGCCUUCAGCUCCUCGGAGGACAAAGCCCACAUCCAAGAGGAACUCUCAGACCAAGCGUGGAAGCAGCCCUGAUCCCCCAGACGAUCCUGCAGCAUCCUCAAGCUCUGCAAGCAACAAAAGAGGCAAGAAAAUUCCCAGUGAUGUUGAAGAGAUAGAAAGAGGGAAAGCAACUGCAGCUGGUGUUGACCAGUGGCUAGAGGUCUUCUGUGAGCAGGAGGAGAAGUGGGUGUGUGUGGACUGUGUGCACGGGGUGGUGGGCCAGCCUCUGACCUGCUACAGAUACGCCACCAAGCCCAUGACCUACGUGGUGGGCAUUGACAAUGAUGGCUGGGUGCGGGAUGUCACACAGAGGUAUGACCCAGCCUGGAUGACAGCUACCCGAAAAUGUCGGGUUGAUGCCAAGUGGUGGGCUGAAACCUUAAGACCAUACCAGAGCCCGUUUGUGGAUAGAGAAAACAAAGAGGAACUAGAGUUUCAGGCAAAACACCUGGACCAGCCUUUGCCCACUGCUGUUGGCACAUACAAGAACCACCCUCUGUACGCCUUGAAGAGGCAUCUGCUCAAAUAUGAGGCCAUCUACCCUGAAACUGCUGCCGUUCUCGGGUACUGCCGUGGAGAAGCUGUCUACUCGAGGGACUGUGUGCACACACUGCACUCCAAGGACACGUGGCUGAAACAAGCAAGAGUGGUGAGGCUGGGAGAAGUGCCCUACAAGAUGGUAAAAGGCUUUUCUAAUCGGGCCAGGAAAGCUCGUCUGGCUGAGCCCCAGCUGCAGGACCAUAAUGACCUGGCCCUGUUUGGUCACUGGCAGACAGAGGAGUACCAGCCCCCAGUGGCUGUGGAUGGGAAGGUGCCCCGGAACGAGUUUGGAAAUGUUUACCUCUUCCUCCCCAGCAUGAUGCCCAUCGGCUGUGUCCAGCUCAACUUACCCAACUUACAGCGAGUGGCACGCAAGCUAAAUAUUGACUGCGUGCAGGCCGUCACUGGCUUCGACUUCCACGGAGGCUAUUCCCACCCUGUAACUGAUGGCUACAUCAUCUGUGAGGAAUACAAAGAUGUGCUCCUGGACGCAUGGGAAAAGGAGCAGACACUCAUCGAAAAGAAGGAGAAAGAGAAAAAGGAGAAACGGGCUCUAGGAAACUGGAAGCUGCUGACCAAAGGAUUGCUUAUCAGAGAGAAGCUGAAGCUUCGCUAUGGCUCCAAGAGUGAGGUGGCAGCUCCCCACACAGGUGCAGGAGGCGGGCUUUCUUCUGAUGAAGAGGAGGGCACCAGCUCCCAAGCAGAAGCAGCCAAGAUUUUGGCUGCCUCCUGGCCCCAGAACCGAGAAGCUGAAGACCAGAAGCAGAAGGGCCCUAAAAAAACCAAGAGGGAAAAGAAAGCAGCAGAUUCCCAUCUGUUCCCGUUUGAGAAGCUGUAA